GCAUGAUGCAACCUAGUGCACCCAUGGUUCCGAAAUAUUUACUGCUAUGCCGCCGCGUGGUACUGUCGUUCCUUAGAAAUUCACAACACCAACUCACAACAAUGAGCAAUCUACUUCUUCGUCUUCGCUACUCUAAUGACCCAGAAGCCGACACCUUUUACGAAUGGGAAGGCUCAGUAUUCGUGUUCAUUCCCGGCGAACAACCAAAAAAGAUUUUUCACUGUGUUGGUAUGAACGUCGGCAAAGCCCAUAUCGCGGACAACAAGUUGUUGGCAACAACACGAGAACUGACUUACUACUUGGACCCAAAGACACACGAAAAGCUGACUCAUUGGGAGAACCCAUGGACUGGAGAACGUGUACCAGUGGUACACAUUGCCAAUGAUCCGGUACAGAUGGCUUUGCCGACAUUUAUUCCCUUGGAUGUUCGCAAGAACCCUUUUUCGGGCACCACUAAAUUGAUGACUGAGAUACCAUUAUUCUACAAGAAUCCUUUGGCUGACGACCCCAAAUUUGCUUCCUAUGACUCACGCCAAAUGUAUCAAGCUGGCGAGUUGUUCACUUUCACCUGCCCUACUGCUCAAGUCGAAAAUGAGCAAGGUGCUAUCGAUCAUGCCGAAGUUCACUGGACACGGGUCUCCCACUUUGCACCAUUCAUGAAAAUGGGUGACAAGCAAGGAUACCUAGUAUAUCAUUGCACAGGACACAAAUUGCCUCAAGGCUCGACAUACAAAGAACUUAUCAGCCCAAUCUUACGCAGCGAGAUCGAGAAUAGAGUGACAGCAUAUAGUCACGCUCCCAGUUCUUAUGAUCCCAAUUCCAAAAGCGUUUCUAGCUGGACAUACUUUAAGGAUAAUUUUGACCGGUACCAGAACGAGCCUGAUGCUGAAUGGCCGCCAUUAUGUGAAGAAUGAAAAGUAUAGUAGACUUUUGCUGCUUUACUUAAAUUAUCCUUUGAUACGGUACUGUAUCAUUUUGAUGUACGUGAUGUUUAGGCUGUAAAAAAGACAAUUGAAUAUGGGACGUUCGAUCUAGAGUAAAUUUUGUUGUGUAUGUGUCUAUAGUAUCUGUCGGUGAUGUGUAUAUAAAAGAUGCAUGACCAA